AUAUUUAGAAACGAAAUCUCCAAUCCUGACGGUAAGUCCUGACUCGCUCAUCAGAGAGCCAAGCAUGUUGACAUGACAUGUGCAAUGGAUUUAUAAUUGAAGCGUACUAGCUACAGCCUACAAUGAAACCACCAAUACAUUGCCUAUAUGGCAAUUGCAAAUAUACUGAUAAGACUGCAGCUGUUGACGAUAUUUCGUUUGUACGAUUUCCGAAACCUUUGACUCAAAGAAUCCGCAAACGAGUACAGAAAUGGUUGGAUGCAUGUGGAAGACACGACAUCACUGUCAGUUUUGUGGAGAAAAAUUAUAACAAGUGCUACCUGUGCGCUAGCCAUUUUGUUGGGGGUGAUGGCCCGACCAAGCUACGUCCAGACCCCAUAUGUUUUCAAAUAGAAGAACCAUCAGAGGACACUGACAGCAAUGAAGAAGACUGUAUGGAUGAGGACCAGGCUGACCCAGGGCCCACGGACAAGAAUGCUAAGGUUUGCUGUGUGAAUCACUGUGGAUCUGUGUCUCGCCGAGACAGGUUGACCACCUUCUACCCCAUCCCCCAAGAUGACGACCAGCUCCAGCAGCGGUGGAGAGAUGCCCUGAGACUGGGGACAGGUUCCUGUGCAGAUGAUCUGUAUGUCUGCAGCAAGCACUUCAUAUCAGGCUUCAAGUCCAACUUCCCUGCACACCCAGACUAUAUACCAUCUAUUCUUCCAUCAUCAUCUGUCCAUGAUAUAAAGGCACUGAGAAAUACUCUCACGAGAAUUUGAAAGUGGCAGUACUGAGAAAACAAUGAAGAACAACUGCAUGUCUUUGAAACGACACUGGUUUGAAUGUGGUUUCACCAACGUAGAUCUGCAACUCGGCAUGAAAAGGGUGAAAGCUGUCAAACGUGCGCAGGAACAUACAAAAUGCCAAGAACUACAGAUAUUAAAAGAAGCCAGAUUAAAAAGAAAAUAUGGAAAUAAGUUUAAUGUAGGCCAUGGAUUGCAAGAAAUCAAACAAGAACAAGAUUCAGAAUUUGAACAGAGGGAUGAGGAAUUUGUGAUCGAGAAUGAAAGGACAGAGGAAUGCCAGGAAGACUGUGAUGACUUUGAUUUUUCUGUUGUCAAACAAGAACCAAUGUCAGAAAGCAGUGUUGACAUUAAAACAGAGGACAACCAGAAUGGGUUAUCUUGGUCUGAUUCAGGUUCAUUAUGUCCUCGAGAAGAGGAGGAUAUGGAGUCCUCAUGUUCCAAGGGACAAGUGGAAGAAGACUUCUGUUCUAAAGAACAUGCAGGACAGGGUUCUUUUUCUAAAAAUGGCCCUUGUCCCUUCACUGUGGUGAGGACAGAUGGGAAAGUCAUGAUGUCAGAGAAGGGAAUCAAGACAGAACCUGGAGACAAUGAGUAUGAGGAGGCAAUGGCACCAGCGGUCAACAAAACCAGCCAAGACCUCUGCGAUGAGAUGCUGUGUGUUCAUUUUGGUGGUCCAAAGGAAAGCCGUCGAAAUCUGGAAACUGCUUCUACUGACUUUGAAUGUAUUACCAACAGUGAUAAUAGCAGCAGUGUUUUUGAACCAAAUGUGAACAGUUUCAAGCAAGUUGAUGAUAUAUGGAAUGAUAGAGGUAAGGUAUUAAGUGUUCCAUUUGUGGCACUUAACCCUGGGACGCCCAGAUCUGAUGACUCAAACAAAACAACUUUUGAGGUUCCAAGAGAAAAUAACAUCACACUUCUUAGUGAUCAAACUUCAGGUCAUGUCAAGAAAAGUUGCAGGAAUCUGAAACUUUGGUUAAAAAUGACAAAGGGAAUGACACAAAGGGAUAGAUAAGAAUGGUUGUAAUUUUGAAGGUUUGAGUGUUGGUCUGGAUCAGAGACAAAGAUGUUCAAAUUCAGGAGUUGACAAGAUGUCACAUAUUUCUGAUGGUAAUACUGCUGAUAUGUUGAAGAAAACUGAGGAUGUGGGAGAAUCACAGAGAAAACAAGAAGGUCCAGGCCCUGAAGUAAAUACGUUGGCACAAGAACAAGAGGACAACGCCUCAGCCGCAGGACAUGGUUCUGUUGAUGGCCCUCAAGCCAGUUUGACAUGUGGAACACCAGCACACUUAGAGGCAAAUCCUGACCCUCUUGUAGGCGACACAUUCACCUCAUCAGAUUCAGCAUCAGUACCUCCAGUGUCCGAGGAUCCAAAUUCCAAAAUGUGCCAGACAGAAAAAAGUAUAUCCAAGGAAUAUACUUUUGAAAAAAUACUGGAGCAAAUGAAAAUCCAGUUAACGUCAUCAGAAAUGAAAAGCCUGCUCAAGGAGAAAGUGGACACACGUGGAAGGUGUCGAUCAUUUCAGAGAAAGGGGAGAACCAUGGUAAAUACUGGUGUUCAGUCAAUUACAGAUAAACCAGUUCUUCAUGACCUCAAUAUGCAGUGUGUGCGAUUAAACAGAGAACUUAUGCAACACAGAACGAAACUGAAAAGCCUCACCUAUGAUUUCUUGGACAAAGGAUCGAAGGUGACUAAGGGGAAUGUGUUGCACCACACAGGCUGUUACACGUCUGCCUCCCUUGUAGAGCUGUAUCAGUAUGUUUCAGUAUGCUUGGAAACACCUCCUCUCGAUGACAUCUCAGACUCCCAGGAAUUCAUUUUGACUCUUAUGAAACUAAGACUUGGUCUCCACAAUUAUGACCUGGCUUUUCGAUUUCAAAUCGAUCCCACCAAUGUCCCACGAAUUUUGAACAAGUGGAUCUCCAUCUUCUUCAACACUCUUUCCCCAUUGAUCAUGUGGCCUGAAUCAGAACCUGAAAGAAUAGAAUAUAGAAACCAAAGAUGGAGACUGCUGAAACUUAGGUAUUACCUUCUUAUGGCUUAUGAUGGUAUUGACAGCAUGAAGGACGACUGGCUGAUGGAGCAAAAUGUGGAUGAAAUUAUCAAGAUCUGUGAUGUUCUCAACAGUUUUAUUGUUCUGGAAAAACAGUGACUAAAUAUGUUCCAAUUCUGCCAGAAACAUCACCUUUUUUCAUUGAACAGACAAAACCGGUUGCUAUUGUAGGAGGCUAUAGUACAAUGGAAAAAUCCAAAGAAACACAUGAUUCUGCGACAAAUGAAGACAAUAUCAACUCGAAUAAACCAAAGUGUACAGAAAGUCAAGACAAACAAAUGGAUGAAGAAACUAUUUCAGGUAAAACAAACGAUAUUGAAGAGCAUGUCGUUUGUGCUCAAACACAAAACGGAAAUGUGUCAAAAUCCAUCGAAGACAUUCCGCAGAGAGUGAGUGAUGAUAUCGACAGGGAACUUGAUCAGGAGAAGGCCGUUGACCAAGAAAGCCUUCAACAAGACUCCACUGAGAGAAGUAAAUAUGCAGCUCAGAAGGAAGUUGAUAUAUUUAGAGAUGUCCAACUUGAUGGUCUGGGGAAGGAGAAUGGUUGUAAGAUAAUGACAUCAGUGAGGGUGAUAACCAAGGGUAGGGGAAUCAUGAUAGGGCCUCCCGUUGAGGAAGUGCAGGUUGGGACAACACCCUCGCGGGAGAGGGCAACAUUGCUCGACUUCAAGAAGGUCUGCACCAUUAUUGCAGAUGAUGAAGUGACUGCAUGGACUGAAAAAUGAGACUUGUAUCUCUGGUUGUUUUACAACGAUGGCUUGUCACUGUUUGAUCUUGAGACAAGCAGCAUUAAAGAGCUUUGUCCAUUAACUUCUUUCAGUGGCAUGUUAGAAGCUGGGAAGUACAAAAUAGACAAACUUUACGGAUAACAACUUCAUUAUUACGAGAGUGCAACAGAUGUGUACUGUUGUCAAUGGUACAAGAAUCUGUAUAUCUCGAAACGCCACACUCUUGUAAUAAAGAAAUUGUUAUCCAUAAGGCUUGUUCAAUUUGUAGCUUUGUCCAUUGUCAGCUAUGAUCCACUGAUCAUGGGUUUUGAGUCCCCACCCUCCAGGUAAUGAUCCUUGUUUUCACCAACAUACCCAUGAUAGCUGCGUUCAUGUAGCUUGAGUAUUGCCUUAAACAAAAAACAAAUAAAUGGCUCCAGAUUUCAAAA